AUGUUCCUGCGUGCGAUCGGGCGGCCAUUGUUGGCCAAGGUGAAGCAGACGACUGGGAUCGUUGGGCUAGACGUGGUGCCGAAUGCGAGGGCGGUGCUAAUCGAUCUCUACAGCAAAGCGCUAAAGGAGAUCCAGGCGGUUCCGGAAGAUGAAGGCUACAGGAAGGCAGUGGAGAGCUUCACGCGCCACCGUCUCAAUGUGUGCCAAGAAGAAGAAGAUUGGGAAGCGACUGAGAAGAAGCUCGGCUGUGGUCAGGUCGAGGAGCUCAUCGAAGAGGCUCAAGAUGAGCUCACUCUCAUUGCCAAAAUGAUCGAAUGGGAGCCUUGGGGUGUUCCAGAGGAUUACGAGUGCGAAGUCAUUGAGAACGACGCACCGAUACCGAAACAUGUUCCGCAGCACCGUCCUGGGCCUCUUCCUGUGGAGUUUUACAAGACCUUUGAAGCUCUACACACAGAAUCCAAAACAGAGAUUCCAGCUGCUAGCUCGAGCGAGCCACAGUUGAAGGAGUAG